CAAGCAGCGUGGUCACAUUGAGCGCUGUUAUGUUUGGGGGGAAGUGACUGAGGUUGACUGAGAACUGAGGCUCGUCUGGGCUCUGCAUCCUGUUGUGAAAGUGCGACGGCGCGGGUGCUGCUGUGUGUGCGUGCUGUGUGUGUGCGAGGUGUGUUUGCUUGCAGAGCCAGUUCCAACAUGAAGAGAGGCAAGAAGACAGAUGAUGCGUCUGCUGAUGGGGAGAAUGAUACAGGCUCUGCUUCUGCAAAAAAAGCCAAGAAAUCCAAGGAACCAGAAGCCCCUGUAUUGUACGAAGACCCCCCUGUCAAAAUGACGAGCAAAGAUGGCCGUAGCGCCAACAUGAAGAUCACCUCCUGGAACGUAGACGGGCUCAGGGCGUGGGUGAAAAAGAACGGACUGGAUUGGGUGCGUGACGAGGCGCCAGAUGUUCUGUGCCUCCAAGAGACAAAGUGUUCAGAGAAAGCCCUUCCUGCCGAGAUCACGUCCAUGCCCGAGUACCCCCACAAAUACUGGGCUGCAUCCAAUGACAAGGAGGGCUACAGUGGUGUAGCCAUGCUGUGCAAGACUGAACCUCUCAAAGUCACGUAUGGUAUUGGUAAAGAGGAGCAUGAUAAGGAGGGGCGCGUCAUCACAGCCGAGUUCCCAAACUUCUACCUCGUGACGGCCUAUGUCCCCAACGCGAGCAGAGGCCUCGUCCGCCUAGAUUACCGUAAAACCUGGGACAUAGACUUCCGAGCUUACCUGAGCGAGCUCGACAUCCAGAAGCCCCUGGUGCUGUGCGGCGAUCUCAACGUUGCGCAUCAGGAGAUCGACUUGAAGAACCCGAAGGGCAACAAGAAGAAUGCGGGCUUCACCCCGGAGGAGCGCGAAGGGUUCAGCCAGCUGCUGGCGGCCGGCUUCGUGGACAGCUUCCGUGAGCUUUACCCGGAGCAGGCCAACGCCUACACCUUCUGGACCUACAUGAUGAAUGCCCGGUCUAAGAACGUGGGCUGGCGGCUUGACUAUUUCCUGCUCUCGUCUUCCCUGCUGCCAGGCCUGUGCGAUAGUAAGAUCCGUAACAAGGCGAUGGGGAGCGACCACUGCCCCAUCACUCUCCACAUAGCUGUGUGAAUCAGCACAUCUGAUGAAAAUCCAACUUUUACUCUGUCUUUUUUUUUUGUUCCAACUUGUCUCAACUGUAUCAGCUAUUGUGUGAAAGUCGGAGA